AUGUACGCCACGCGGUCUCUGCGAAUGUUCCGUCCCACGGCUCGCAUGAUGCGGCCAGUGCCGAAGGAGGAGCAGGCUGGGCACACCAUCUCCCAGCGCUUGAGACGCCUCAGGCAAAUCCCGCCCGAGCUGAUUCCCCUCGGCGUGGUCGUCGCUUUUGCUGUCAGCGCUGCGAUCUACUCAAGCACUCGUCAUCUGAUGGUCGAUAAGAACAUCCGCCUCAAGAGACAAAACCGCGCGGCGGAUGCCCAUGCUGCCCACGCUGCCCAUGGCGAUGAGGAGCAUCACUGA